GAGAGAGGGAGAGAGGAAAAGAGAGAGAGACUGAGAGAGGACGAGACAGAGCGAGCCAAGCAAUCUGACCGAGCAGUUACUGCUCUCAGGUCACACGCCUUCUCCUCCUCUCUGCUCCUCGCUAUCCAGGUGACCCGAGGAGAAAGUAGCUCAGUGUCGGAACCGCUGAGGACACAACGUGCAGAGAAGCCUGACUUGCAGAAAAUUCAAACCAUCCUCACCUCCUUUUGCAAAUCGGUCCCCUUUAUUCUUCCGAAUCCUUUUUUUUUUUUCGAAUUUAUUUUUUUCUUCCCCUUCUUUGUAAACUAUCCCUAAAAGACUUAAGAAAAUCUCAUUUCUUCACCUUACCUUCCCAACUUUCCCAUUCCCCACUUCUCCACUGAAAACAAAUAAUUCAAAGACUACCUCACCCAUCCGACGACAGUAGCACCUGCAAAGCCUCCAAGCACAGCAACCUCCCAGCCCGACCGCCCUCCCUCUCCGCGCGCGGGUUCCGGGCCGGGCGAGAGGGCGCGAGCGCAGGCCGAGGCCAUGGAGGUGACUGCGGAUCAGCCGCGCUGGGUGAGCCACCACCACCCCGCAGUGCUCAACGGGCAGCACCCGGACACGCACCACCCGGGCCUCGGCCACUCCUACAUGGACCCGGCACAGUACCCUCUGCCGGAGGAGGUGGAUGUACUUUUUAACAUCGACGGCCAAGGAAACCACGUCCCGUCCUACUACGGAAACUCGGUGAGGGCCACAGUGCAGAGGUACCCUCCGACCCACCACGGGAGCCAGGUGUGCCGCCCUCCACUGCUGCACGGAUCCCUGCCCUGGCUGGAUGGCGGCAAAGCCCUGGGCAGCCACCACAGUGCUUCACCCUGGAACCUCAGUCCCUUCUCCAAGACAUCCAUCCACCACGGCUCCCCGGGGCCCCUCUCGGUCUAUCCCCCGGCCUCAUCCUCCUCCCUGUCGGCGGGCCAUUCCAGCCCUCACCUCUUCACCUUCCCGCCCACCCCGCCGAAGGACGUCUCCCCGGACCCGUCCUUGUCCACACCGGGCUCCGCCGGCUCUGCCCGGCAGGAUGAGAAAGAGUGCAUUAAGUACCAGGUGUCCCUGCCGGACAGCAUGAAGCUCGAGUCGUCGCACUCCCGCGGCAGCAUGACUACUCUGGGAGGGGCUUCCUCCUCAGCCCACCACCCCAUCACUACCUACCCACCCUACGUCCCGGAAUACAGCUCCGGACUCUUCCCUCCCAGCACCCUGCUGGGAGGCUCGCCCACCGGGUUCGGAUGCAAGUCGAGGCCCAAGGCGAGAUCCAGCACAGAAGGCAGGGAGUGUGUAAACUGCGGGGCAACCUCAACCCCACUGUGGCGGAGAGAUGGGACGGGGCACUACCUUUGCAAUGCCUGCGGGCUCUACCACAAAAUGAAUGGACAGAACCGACCCCUCAUUAAGCCCAAGCGAAGGCUGUCGGCAGCAAGAAGAGCAGGUACGUCCUGUGCAAACUGUCAGACUACCACUACCACCCUCUGGAGGAGAAAUGCCAACGGAGACCCUGUCUGCAAUGCCUGUGGGCUGUACUACAAGCUGCACAAUAUUAACAGACCCUUGACUAUGAAGAAGGAAGGAAUCCAGACCAGAAACCGAAAAAUGUCUAGCAAAUCCAAAAAGUGCAAAAAGGUGCAUGACACGCUGGAGGACUUCCCCAAGAGCAGCUCGUUUAACCCAGCCGCCCUCUCCAGACACAUGUCUUCCCUCAGCCACAUUUCACCUUUCAGCCACUCCAGCCACAUGCUGACCACUCCAACACCGAUGCACCCACCGUCCAGCCUCUCCUUUGGACCUCACCAUCCUUCCAGUAUGGUCACCGCCAUGGGAGCAGUAUCAUGAAGCCUAAAACCGAUGGAUAUAUGUUUUUGAAGGCAGAAAGCAAAAUGAUGUUUGCCACUUUGGAAAAGGAGCUCACUGUGGUGUCUGUGUUCUCAACCACUGAAUCUGGAUCCCAUUUGUGAAUAAGCCAUUCAGACUCAUAUUCCCUAUUUAACAGGGUCUCUAGUGCUGUGAAAAAAAUAAUGCUGAACAUUGCAUAUAACUUAUAUUGUAAGAAAUACUGUACAUUUGAGGAAGACUUUAUUGCAUCUGGGUAGCUGUAAGAAAGGCAUGAAGGACACCAAGAAUUUUAAGGAAUAUGGGGAAAUAAAGUUCGGAAAUUAAGAAGAAACUAGGUCUAAUAUCCAAAUGGACAAACUGCCAGUGUUGGUUCCUUUUACUGGCCACAAUUGUUUGAUGCAUUAAGAGGAAAAAAAAAAAAAGAAAAAAUGAAAAAAAAAAAAGUUGUAGGCAAAUCAUUCAUCCAAAGCUGUGGGCUUCUGCAUAGGAAAUACUAUCAGUUCCAGGCAAUUAGCGUUAACACUCACAUGUUGCCGUCGAUGGGUUCAGAUAGCCUUUUUCCAGACCUACAUGCUUUGUGAACAAGUCCCUGUAAUUGUUGUUUGUAUGUAUAAUUCAAAGCACCAAAAUAAGAAAAGAUGUAGAUUUAUUUCAUCAUAUUAUACAGACUGAAUUGUUGUAUAAAUUUAUUUACUGCUAGUUGUUAAGAACUGCUUUUUUUUUGGUUUUGUUUUAAUAUUUUCCUUCUCUCUCAAUUUUUGGUUGAAUAAACUAGAUUACGUUCAGUUGACCUAA